UAAAGGAAAAAGCCACCAGCCCGGCAGCAGCAGCAGCAGCACCGCCACCAGCCCGCACGGGAGGAGGAACGGCCCGCGGCCGCCGCCAAGAGCUCCGGGACGCCCCGCCGCCCACCAGAUAGAUGUGCGGUCCGGCCGCCCGCACGGCCGACGAUGAACGCGCAGCUGGCGAUGGAGAACAUCGGCGAUCUGCACGGGGUGAGCCAUGAGCCGGUGCCCGCCGCCGCCGACCUGAUGAGCGGCAGCCCCCACCACCGCAGCGCCGUGCCCCACCGCGGCGGCCACCUGCCGGCCCACCCGCGCUCCAUGGGCAUGGCGUCCAUCCUCGACGGCGGCGACUACCACCACCACCACCGGCCGCCCGAGCACGCGCUGACGGGCCCCCUGCACCCCACCAUGACCAUGGCCUGCGAGACACCCCCCGGCAUGAGCAUGAGCAGCACCUACACCACGUUAACCCCUCUGCAGCCUCUACCUCCCAUCUCGACGGUCUCGGACAAGUUCCCUCACCACCACCACCACCAUCACCACCACCACCACCCCCACCAGCGGAUACCGGGCAACGUGAGCGGCAGCUUCACGCUCAUGCGGGACGAGAGGGGUCUGGCGUCUAUGAACAAUCUGUACACCCCCUACCAUAAGGAUGUUACCGGCAUGGGGCAGAGCCUCUCUCCGUUGUCUGGAUCGGGCCUGGGGAGCAUCCACAACUCCCAGCAAGGGCUGCCCCACUACGCUCACCCCGGCGCCACCAUGCCCGCCGAGAAAAUGCUCACCCCAAACGGAUUCGAAGCCCACCACCCUGCCAUGUUAGCCAGGCAUGGCGACCAACACCUCACCCCCACCUCCGCUGGCAUGGUGCCUAUCAACGGGAUCCCACACCACCCCCAUGCCCACCUGAACGCCCAGAGCCACGGGCAGAUCCUGGGCUCUGCCAGGGAGCAAAACCCUUCUGUAACUGGUUCGCAGGUCAACAGUGGAAGUAAUUCAGGGCAAAUGGAAGAAAUCAAUACCAAAGAAGUAGCUCAGAGGAUCACCACCGAGCUCAAGCGGUACAGCAUCCCCCAGGCUAUCUUCGCCCAGAGGGUGCUGUGCCGCUCUCAAGGGACCCUCUCAGACCUGCUGAGGAACCCCAAGCCCUGGAGCAAGCUCAAAUCCGGCCGGGAGACCUUCCGCAGGAUGUGGAAGUGGCUCCAGGAGCCGGAGUUUCAGCGGAUGUCUGCUCUGCGGCUGGCAGCGUGCAAGAGGAAAGAACAAGAGCACGGGAAGGAUAGAGGGAAUACACCCAAAAAGCCUCGGUUGGUCUUCACGGAUGUCCAGCGUCGAACUCUACAUGCAAUAUUCAAGGAAAAUAAGCGUCCAUCCAAAGAAUUACAAAUCACCAUUUCCCAGCAGCUUGGGUUGGAGCUGAGCACCGUCAGCAACUUUUUCAUGAAUGCACGGAGGAGGAGUCUGGAUAAGUGGCAAGACGAGGGCAGCUCCAAUUCAGGCAACUCAUCUUCUUCAUCAAGCACUUGUACCAAAGCAUGAAGGAAUAACCACGAACUAAACCUCGGUGGAAAAGCUUUAAAAAUAAAUAAAUAACUAAAGACAGACCAGGACCUCAAGAUAGCAGGUUUAUACUUAGAACUAUUUGAAAAAAAUGUUAUUUAUAAGUCCAAAGAAACCAAAGACUUAUUUCACCUGCAUUAUGACUUUGUUCUAAGACACAUACUUUAGUAGGACGACUUGCAAAAAAUAGAGGAUGAAGGAAGUGGAACGGAGGGAAUGAAAUGGAACGCAAAGAGAAGAGAAGCAGACCGCUGGUCUUACACCUUCGCCCAUGAUCAUUUUCACCAUCCUUGGCUACUUAGUGGUUUGGAGCAUAGUGAUUUCUUGUCAUUGAACGGACAUCUCUUCAGAUAUGGCUCUUCAUUUCCACAGCAAUUGCCAUGAAGGUGUAUAGUUGCGCACGCCAGUGGUUAGGGACUUAGUCAGGGCUGGUCUUCAGAGAGGCUUGUGCCAUGGCACAACCGCCAAAGCGUGGAGUCGUCUGAAUUCAUUUGAACGGUAGUGUGAUUUUUUGCUGUUUCAUGGUUUGAACUUAACCGGUGCAAUGCCGGGAGACAAGUUCAAACUAGGCAAAGAAAUUUUGAAUGGUACCUAAACCAGUGCAUUCUCUUUGUUUGUUAAGGAAUGUUCAGAUUUAAAAAAGGAAAACUAUUCCAUCCAUAAAAAAAAAAAAUCGACUAGCUACCAAAGAACACAUUUAAUAAUUAUAUUGCAGGUAUUUUAUUGCAAUGAUUUUAAUAUUCCAAAGCUAUUUUUACACAAAAUACUAUGUAGAGUUAUAGGUAUAAACUAAUCUAACUGUAUAACACAUAAAACUUGUAAUCAAGACUGUUAUUUGCAAUUAGUAAAACCACAUUAUUGUUUCUUUCUGUGAUCGGCAAGAAAGAAUGUCAUCCGAGGAGAUGGCAGCCCUGUGGGAGCACAGGUACCGAUAACGGGAUGCUGCUUCGCUUGAAGUCAGCCAGCCUUUUUGCUACUGACUUCAACGGGAGCAAAAAAAGGGACUGUUACAGCCACAUGUAAGAUGGUGUGAUAGGUAUCGUGCAGGCAUCCCCUUGUUACACUCUCCCAGGCUGAUAUUGCUGGAAUCCCGUUGAACAACGCUCUUUGCAAACCGUGUGCUGUAUAUCAACAUAGCUCAGCUCUGCCAUCUAGCCUGCAAACAGGAGACCUGAGGGAUCGUGUCUGCAAAAACGAAAAGAAAUGCACAAUGUGAAACCACAGGGCUCAGCGUCUGAUCAAUACUCAUUGACAUUGGUGAGCCUUUUUUUACCUAUUGACUUUACCAGGCAAAGGAAUAGCAAUAGUUUUGAAGGCUCACAGGCUUUAUGUAUUGAAAACAGUGGUGCAACAUCAGUUAAUGUUGGUGGGAAGAGCUCCAAGAGGAGCUCCAGUAGUGCUUUUGGAAAGCCAAAUUGCGGUUCCUCUGAAGUCGAUAGUAAAAUUCCCAUGAUCCUGAGAUACAGCCUUAAGUUUUGCGGUGUUGUAUCUGUGUGGAGCAGGCUGAGCUUUUGUCUCAUGCAUUCUUUCUUGCUCAUCUAUUAAUCAGGAUAAUGCAUGAAAUAGUUUAAAAUUUGUAGCUGAAAAGCUUUACAUGCUUUGUUGCUAACAGACCCGUAGAAAUCACCCCAUUCCUACUCUGGUAAAAUUAAAAAGAAAAGCGUGCAACAUCUUCAUAUUAAAUUUUAGUGUAAGGGGAAAAUAGACUUUAAAAACCGUACAUGUGCCUGUUAGACUUCUAACCGGUGUUUCAAAUUACUGUAGGAAUUCUGCUAGGUAUAUUAAAUUCCAAAGUAACCAAAUAUGCAGGUGUAGACCCAAUGCAAGGAUUAGAAAUAGGUAAUCUUACUUAUACCCUUUUUUCUAAAAAAAAAACACCAAAAAAAAAAAAAGAGAGAGAAAGGAAAAUUCAAGGUAAACUAGAAUCCAAUCACCAUCAACAAUAGCAAAUACUGGUUUUGGGGAUGAAGCCCACUCAGAAUACUAGUGACACCAAAGUUAAGCAAUUUUGUAGCAGCAGUGAUUUCCCAAGAGGACAAGGUCUAGUCAGGGUUCAGGGGAUACAGUUGAUUUCCAGUAAGUGUUUAGAAUACAGCUGAAAUAUCUCUUUAUUAAAAUAAAGUCAAAUAAACCCAAGAUUUUUUGGCACUGAAUAUUUCUCCAUGUUUUCCUACGUUAAACCCACUUUAAGACUGAGAAAGCAAUCGUCUAUGAAAAUGUGAUCAAAUCCAUGAUUUUUUUGAGUCUCUAGCUUACCUUAAAUUUUAGCAAGCUUUCUUUUAAAGUGUUCCAUCCCCAAAGAGACAUAUUUGACAUGGAAACGUUAACGAGUUCAUGUAUAGAGUAUCUUAUGAAUUCAGUCUCAUUAGUGUAAGGUUAAUGAAGGACAGUGAUACCUAACGUUUUAGUUUUUUUCCAGCAAAACACUGCUUUGUAACGUACCUAUAGUUUAGAAAAGAAAGCCUUAUUUAUUUAAAACUUGAGAAUUUAAAAAUGCAGGGAAAUUCAAAGUACAUUGCCGCAUUUUUUAGUAUUUUCAUUGUAUUGUCUUUAGAGACUACUUGCUGAAACCAAAGAGAACUUUCAUACCAGCAUUAAAUUUGCACCCAAUAUGCAAUUUCAGGAUCUCUGAUACACACACAUGCAAGCCCUCGAAUAGGUCUGUGUAUAUAUACACACGCCCACACGUGUUGGUGGGGCGUCUGUAUUUAUACAUGCGCACACACGCAUCCACAGACACUAAAACUGAUGCACAAGUUAUAGUUUUUAAGUUGUUUUGGGUUUUUUUGGGUUUUUUUAACAUGUCUGUUUAAGUAUAUAUAAACCUUUUGGUUUUGUUAGAAGCCAUUAGGAACAAAACCACUCUUUCCAUAAGCAAUACGCGCCUCAUACUCUGAAUAGGCAAAGAACACACUUUCCUUUAGUUCCUUUCAAAACAUGAAGCAAAUAACUAUGGAACUGCUCAUUCUACCUGUAAAGCUGUUUUACCUCCGUGCAGACUGCCCGGCUGCACCGGCUGAAGCACGGACAGGCUACCUGGUGCUCCCUGGCUCGUAUUGUUGCCAUUGCUUAGCAGGACAUCCCUAAAGGGGAGCUUUUUUCCUAGUGCUACACUUAACGAUACACCGGAAAGCCUGUCUCUAUCGUACUGGCGUUAGUCCUUCCAUUCGCUUAGUUCCUGACAAAACGGAAAUUAGUUUCAAAUUCAACAAAAGGACCUAAAACUCUGCCAUGAAGGGUUAGGAGAGGGAAUCAUAGAAUCACCAAGUUGGAAAAGACCUCUUGGAUCAUCGAGUCCAACCAUUCCUGUCUGCCACUAAACCAUGUCCCUGAACCUGGAACAGUUUGGGAGCAUCAGGACAUGGGGCUUCAGCCAAAGGUGACUCCACGGGCAAGAGGGCAUUUGGAACACAUUCGGCUUAUAGGCUGCAACCAAACCUGACUGCAGUGACCCAUGAGGGGAGGCUGGCCAAGAGGUGAACCGUCCGCAUCCAUCCCCAUUGUAAAUGGCAUUAUUAGCUUUCCAGGAAAGAAAAAAUUCAGACUGACCCAUCCUACUACCUUAGCCUCCCCACAUCGCUUUCCAGGGGCCUCAGCCUCCUCUCCUUACUCAGGUAAAGCAAACCCAACAAGAGCGAGCGAGCCAGCAAUAGGGCUUUCGCUUGAGAAUUUGCUCCUGCUCCAACCGAUGCCAGAGGCAAAUUCCCAAGCGGCUGAAGUGGUUGGCACGGACCAGUCCCAGGGCUGCCCACGGGCAUCGCGCUUCUCCUGAGAGGGCUUUCAGGAUAAGGCUGCGGUGAUGGCAGGUGCUGCCCAGGGCACUGCCGCUGCCUGGAGGGCUCGGAACCACCGCUGAGCUGAUACCAAAGAGUCUUAGGACACCUCUCCUCACCUGAGUUGUAAACAAGACAUUUUACCCUGAAAAACGGUCCUUCUUUCUACUACUCUUCCUCCUGUCCUCCUCCUCUUCGUCCUCCUUUGUACAUAAGGAUGAAAACUAUGCAUUUAGCAAACAAAGAGAAAGCACUUACCCUUUUCUAUCUCGCUGCGUUUGGGUGCAUUCAAAGGCCCAGGGGCUAAUUUUGAGACUUUGCUUAGCCUCCUGGUUUAUUAUUGUGGUGUGGUUAGCUUUACAAUACAUUUGGUAACUAUUUGCUAAAGACAAAGAAGCAAAAGGUAAGGAAUAGCUACUUCCACGUGUUAAAAAAAAAAAAAAAAAAAAAGAAAAAAAAAGUGUGUAAAGAUCUACUAUUUAUAGUGUGAACCAAAGACGCUACCUCACUCGAUUUCCAUUGGUGAUUUUAAUCACAUUGAUGAUACCAAAGAAUACCAAAGAUUUUUUAUGCACGGCCUCAGUCUGGAAAGGGAACUCAUUCUCCUCCUUACCCCCGUCCCUCUGAUCCCCCUUCCUCACCUUUACUCAGUGUGUAACCUUGUCUUCAUCCUUAAUGGUAAUGCUAAUAACCUUACGAAUACUUCUCUUGCUACAACUGCUACUACUGACGAUGAUAAGGAUAAUAAUAAUAAUAAAGCUCUAGGCAAACAUGUUGCAAACUUUGAAAACUCAUAGGACGAGUGCCUUGCUUGAACCAAAGUGUUAAACCGCUGUUGACCUCUUUAUCUCUCACCUUAUACUCUUUGAAUACCUCAGCCUGUUAGAAAGGCCACUAAUGAAAAAAGGAAUAAUUCUUCACCGUGGUGCUUUUUGCCGUGCAACCAUGCAAUGAAACUUUCUUUGAUACCAAAGGAAAAUGUUUUUUUCCACUUUCUUGCUGACAAACCAAAGGUUCCCUCUUCUUUCCCCCAGAGCAGCUUGAGUCCCUCCACCCAGACAGGCCGUGCAUCGCUUUUACCAAUUCCUCCAAAUACCUCAUAGUAAUAAAUCUUUAGGGUUAUGUUGUAUAGAGAGUCUAUGUGAUAAGGCAGAACUUACUAGUUUGAUAAUUGUUAAGGUUACUUAAAAAAAGCUUUAUAAUUCUUAUUUAUUUUGUAGGGGUUGUUUUGUUUGUAUAUUCCUUUUAUAUCAUUUGGUUUGGGUUUGUGUGUCUUCUUUUUUCCUUUUUUUUUUUUUUUUGGCAGAACUUCUCUGUUAUACUCAAGGAAGAUCUUAUUCCUGGGAAUGUUUUGAAGUGGGUAAAGAUCGCUGUUUGCAAUGAAUGCAAGAAAGGGAAACAUGGCUUUGAUUUCUUUCGUUUCAACUAGGAUGCUUUGUGUUUGCUAGUCAAUGUUCUUUUCACAGGGUAAAAAAAAAAAAUUCUCUGCUGUGAUAAAUGGUUCCUAUUUUUUCUCUAUAAUGUGCUGUGAUUUUUAAUUUAAUUACAUUUUGUAUACGCUUAUUUAAUCACUGCUUUAAUUUAUGACUACGUAGUUUAAAAAAAAAAAAUUGUAUAUAGUAGAUUCAAAAAUGGCCAAAGCUUUAUGUUACAAUCUUUUCAUUCUUGAUGCCGAGAUGAACUGAAGGAGAGUGCUUCUCUUGACUGCAGGGUGUAUCUUCAGCCUUGUCUUGGCAUGCACUUCCACCCGUGUUACAAACACUGCCAGGUUAUCCCCCCCGGGCCUCCCUUCCCCCAAACUUGUACAUGCCAAAAUGAGUGUUUCAAGGUAGUACUUUUGUCACUUAGAAAGCAGAAGGCAUUAUUAGUGUGGUUUUUUCUUUAAUUUAUUUGUCUUUUUCUAGAAAGGUUGCUUUGUGGGUAAGACCUACACAUCCAAAGAAUUUAAGAGUCGUUUAAUGUUUAAAAGCACUGGCAUUUGUGAGAGACUUUGCUGAGUUUUUGUUUUCCUUCACCAUUCGCACGGGUAGCGCAAGUAGUGGGCGUAAGCCUUGGGAGAAGAAGCUAACUUGAAUUUGGAAACCUUGCUCAUGGAACAGCCUUUGCCAGCGCCCCCCGGGCUGUCCCCCGGGGUUCUCCUCCCUGGGAUACGCCAGGGAUGGUCAACGGACGGCGGGGAUGGCCUUGGCCAACCUGGAGAGCACGCCAGGGCUUAGACCGGCCGUGGGCCACCGCCGCGCCGCCGGCUCUCCAGCCAGGGCUGGGUUGGGGUCCGCAGGGUCCCCGCAGAGCCGUCCCAGCUCAGGGACCGCGGCAGGAGCGCGGUGUCCCGGCUGCGGGGGAAUGGGAAGGGACCUGUGCGGCUUCCCACGGCGGGGCCUGGGCGCUGUGCCUGCCCCCGGCUCCCCUGCGGCUCCGCGGAGCAAAAAGCAGCUCUGCGCUGAAAAGCAAAAAAAAGAAAGAGUAAUGACAAUGAUAAUUCUGCAAAGCUGAUGAUGGCAUCAUGGCACAGAAAAGAGGAUGCCACUCACCUGUAUUUUAUUUUGCGUAAAGAAUAGGUUCUGUUUCAACUAAAUGUUGUGUACUGACAUGGUUUGUGACGGCUGUAAAUAUUUCCUUUCCCCGCACAGUAGCUGAGCUCCAAGUGUACCUUGUUUUCCUUUUGGGGGGAUAGCAGAGGGGUUGAGGGAGGGAAGGACAAGGGCAGGGUUUGAGCUUUUGGUCAGAAGUUACACUUUCUAGGUACAUUUUUAUACUUCAAGUAUUGAAACGGGGCAAUAAAGACGCUCUGAAACGCAGGAUCAUUAAAUGGUCUGUUGGUAAGCAUCGCCUAAAUGUCUGUUUUUAAUACACAAACUAACACCGUGCAAUGAGUUACAUUUCACGUGGAGAGGGGAGACAAAGUAUUAGUCUACAAAUCCGACAUGAGCCAUCAAGCACUGGACAGAACUGUACUUAGGAAGACACGGUUUCUUUUCUCGUUCUGGUAGUUUUGUUUUUCAUGGUCUGUUCUGCAUUUAUUGCAUCCUUACUGUGGAACCACAUUAGUUUUGCAGUCUGAACCAAACAACAGUGUUAAAACGGGAAUAAACUUUAAAGCGUUGUCUUUUACUUGCUUUGGUAGUUGUCUUCAUAACCCCCCUGCCUGCAGCCCAGCCCGGCUGAGCUGGAGCCUGGGCCCCCCCUGGCCCCACCACCCCUGCCGCCUCCCCGAUAGCUCCAUCCGCUGCUGCGCAGAGAGGGUGCCAGAGACAAUCACAGGUUCCAGAUACAUAGAGGUAGGAAAUCUUCCAAGAGCAAGAGGGAGUUCUUCCAGAGCAAUGAAA